CGUUAUUACGCAUUUCAACCUGCCACCCCUGCGAUAAUGCGUAUGUCCGCCCUUCGCCACGGCCAUGCUCGUGAUUGCCGGUUUUUGAGAGACAUCACGAUGUGGAAAGCUGGCAGUGAAAUACAUGUCAGACUGAGGGUCGGACAAUGCCGAUAUCAGGCUGCGAGGCUCACAUCUACCCAGCCUGCUGCGACCCCAAAACAACCAGAGGGAGGCCCAGCUAAGCCUGCAGCUUCUGGUACAGGCCCGAAAGCACCUCCUCCUCCUCCACCCCCGCCCCCAAGACGAGGAUGGGGUGGCACAGUUUUCAAACUGUUUGGCGUGACACUGGUUGGCAUGGGAGGAGUCGUUGGAUAUGCCUGGCAUGACCCCAAGUUCAGGAGUGAGCUGGAGAACAAUGUUCCUUACUCCAAGGAAGCACUCAGCCAAAUUCUGAGCCAGCUUGGUUUAGAGGAAGACUCUUCAGGUGCACAGCAAGCCUCAAGUAGCAAGGCCCUGGAUGUCCUGCCCAGCUUCGCCAAGAAGUCUCUACCUGAUGCGUCGGGCUCAGUUCCUGCUGGUAAGUCACAAGUGGCCGUGCAAGCCACUCGCGAGGACGCAGCUAAAUCGGACAUGGAGAAGAAGCGUAAGUGGGAAGAGGAGCAAAUCACUCGGAAGCUGGCCGAGAGGGAAGCGGAGAUUGCUGCGGAAAAUGCAGCGCUCGAGGUGAUGGCUAACGAGCUCGUUGCUAAGAGCGAGAACGUGACAGACACGGCGAUGGAGGCGCAUCGCGUCGCUGCAGAUGCUCUGAAGCAACACACCCAGCUGCUGAAGACUGCCAUGGAGAGAACCAAGGGAGCGGACAAGAACGCGCAGUGGCAGAUGGUGACCUUUUCUGCGGAAGCUAAGGGUCAGGCCGUGAAGAGAGCUGACCUAGUCACGGAACAAGCCAGGGUGAUUCUUGGGAAGUUGAAGACGGUGCUGACUGAGGGGAAGCAGCAUCGAGAUACGGCUCGCAACCCUCACCUCAUCCCAGCAUCCGACUCUCUGUACAGGAUGGAGCGACAGCUAAACGCAACCGAAGCAGAGUUUGAAGCUGCGAGGACAGAAUCUGCAAUCAUGGCCGAGUACAGGGACUUAGUGGAACAGGGCAGGAAGCAAUUCCAGAAGGAACUGGAUAGCAUCUUACCUGAUGUAAAGCCGGGCAGGAAAGGUAAGAAGUUGACGGAGGAUGAGCUGAAUUCAUUGAUUGCCCACGCCCACCUGCGCGUCGAACAGCUCCAGGGUCAACUGUUCGAUCAACAGGUGAGGCAGAGACACCUGAUGGAGACUGCGGUGACUCACCAGAAACGCGACGACGCAACGAUGUAUAGUAAACAGCUAAGCCAAGAGAUGGAAAAGAGAAACCAAGAAUUUGAGGAGGAAAAGAAACGAAUGAUGGUGGAAGCGAGGGUCGACUUUGAGGCGGAGCUUCGGCAGCAGCUGCGCCGCCAGGCGGCAGCACACAGCGAUCACCUGACGGACGUGGUUCGCGUUCAACGGCGGGAGUUUGAGGAGCGAUUCGAUCGGCGGCUGGAGAAGGAGGUGGCGAUGAUCCGUGACGACAUGCAGAGUGAGAUGACGGCAGCAAUGGCGCGCCUGCGUCGGGCGGACGCCGAGCUGCAGGCGCGCAUGUCGCAGGAGAUGUGGCUCGCGUGCCAGGCCCUCAAUGCCGCGCUCCGCGACGACCGCCUCAAGCCGCUCGCCGGCGAAUUCGUCGCGAUCCAGGACGCGGGCGGCGAUCACGCGUUCGUGCGCGCUCUCGUCGCCGCCGUCCCCGAAGAGGCGCUCCGCCGCGGCGUCUACACCCAGGGGGAGCUGUGCGAGCGGUUCGCGCGCGUGAAGCGUGUGUGCCGGCGCGCGGCGAUGAUCGGCGACGACGGAGGCUCGCUCGCGCGCCGCGCGCUCUCCUACGCGCAGUCGUUCUUCGUCCUCGAACCCCGCGCCGACGGCGACGACGAGGUCGUCGAUCCGGAGGACGCGAACGCCUUCCGCAUGCUGUCGCGCGCGGAGCGCCGGCUGGAGGCGGGGGAUCUGGAGACGGCGGUGCGGCUGAUGAACCUGCUUCGCGGAGAGCCGCGCCGCGUCGCCGAGGACUGGAUGCGCGAGGCGCGGCUGACGCUCGAGACGAGGCAGGUGGCGCAGCUGCUGCAGGCGCACGCGGCGUCCGCGGGAGUCGACGCGCUGAGGCAGCAGCAGCCGUAACCGUCGCAAUGGGCUGAGGCAGCAGCAGCUGUGGCCGUAGCGACGGGCUGAGGCAGCAGCAGCCAUAACCGUGGCGACGCGCCGAGGCAGCAGCCGUAGCCGUAGCGACGGGCUGAGGCAGCAGCAGCCGUAGCCGUGGCGACGGGCUGAGGCAGUAGCAGCCGUAGCCGUGGAGACGGGUUGAGGCAGCAGCAGCCAUAGGAGCAGUAGCCAUUGGAAGGGUGGAUCCAUUCCUGGCCAUUGGAAGGAUGGACCCAUUUUCUGCCAUUGGGAGGGUGGAUUCAUUCUCUGCCAUUGGGGAGGGUAGCCCCAUCCUUAGUGCGUGGGUGGGUCAGUAGUAGGAAAUACAGAUACCGCUCACAUGAUUCCGCUAGUCGGAUCUAGAGUGUGUGUGAGUUUGGUAGGCGUUAAACGCGGUGAGCGGUGACUGUCAGGAUUGAGCUGCAUGUAGUUAAAGCAUCUUGCCACGAGUGCACGUCGCAUGCACCAACUUAUCACAAACACUAUAUACGUAGGUGCUUCGAUUUGCAUUAGCUGUUAAGCUAGUUUGCGUUUCGACUCGGGAAGUUGAAAUGUGUGUCUUCGUUGAAGCGCUGGCAGGCAUUGAAUGUUGAACGGGAUUUAGUGAAGUGUUGCACCGGGUCGUGAUAGUCGUGCUUUGCCAUUGCGUCGUUGUUUUGUAUCGGAACUAUUUACAACGUUUUCGCGAUUUCAUUCUGGUUGCGAGCGCCUUUCAAUUUUCUGGUUUGCAAUUAAGUAUGGUGAUUCUUCUACUUGUCGUUGGUACACAAUCCUGCAAUCUGAUAGGAAAAAAUUGCUUUUCACGUAUUGAGAGUGUUGUCCACUGAUAAAUGUAAAGCGUACUAGUGUGUCUCAUUGCUUUAAGUUCACAACGUUAUUUCUUUAACCGCAAUCGUACUGUUAGGUAUCACAGUGUCAGUGAUGAGCGAAGUAGGGUGUUGCUGAUAAACCUAAGAUUAGAGCAUACUAACUAAGCUAAACGUACUCAACUCUGUCAGCUAUAUUUACUGCUAUCACUCGGCGAUAAAACGCAAGCACUGAGAGAAAUGUUCACAUAGGAUGGGAUAUGUGCAAGUGAGAAAUGAAAAUAAAAACGGAAUUGUUACAGUA